UCCCUCCAAUUUAGUGGCUAAGGGGUGGCACACAGACAAAUAAGGGUCAAUUUGAUUUAUUAAGUGUGGUAAAAAUAGAUUGGAAAACAGAACAAAAACUUUAUGUGUGUGUAUUUCAUUCUGCAGACUUUGUUAUAUCAAAGUGAGAAGACAGGUUUUGCUGUUUUCCAAAGAAAAGAAGCUACAAAUCUGAGGAGUCAAAUUCUGUCUUAGCAGAGAAUAGAAUUUGAAAAGCUGCAGUUUCCCAUUUAGGCAAUGUGAACACAGGAGUCCACUGAAGGAAGAAAGAAGGUUGCUUUCAUUUUCACUGCUUUUCCUGCCCAGGGAGCCGAAGCAGCAAUGGCUGGCAAGCGACCUCAAGAAGACCCUAUCAACAUGGUGAAGUCACUUGCAAAGAAUUUCCUUGAUGGCAUUUUUGAUGAUUUGAUGGAAAAGAAUGUGUUAAAUGGGGAUGAGUUACGAAGAUUAGGAAAAGGAGUGAAACUCAUCGUGAACAGGACUGAAAGCCUAGUUGAUGAUGUCACUGAGAAAACUGAAAUGGCAGGCAAAAUACUUGUGGACCGGCUCUUCAACACCAAGAAACAGCUGAGAUUAAAUAUACCCAGUAAUGGAGAAGGAGGGCAGAACACGACUGGCCUCAUCAUCUGCAACAAAGAGUUUGAUUAUCUUCAUAACCGAUGUGGUUCUGAAGUUGAUCUUUUGGGGAUGCAAGACCUACUUGAAAACCUUGGAUACUCAGUGGUUGUAAAAGUGAAUCUUACAGCUCUGGAAAUGGAAACAGAGCUCUUACAGUUUGCUGCCCGGAAAGAACACCAAUCCUCGGAUAGUACAUUCUUGGUGUUUAUGUCUCAUGGCAUCCUGGAAGGAAUCUGUGGGAUAAAGCACUCAGAACAAGAGCCAGAUAUACUUCAUGAUGAUACAAUCUUCCAGAUUUUCAACAACCGUAACUGUCAGAGUCUAAGAGACAAACCCAAAGUCAUCAUCAUGCAAGCAUGCAGAGGCAGAGGUGAUGGGACCGUUUGGGUGACUGAUGUGGGAAGAGCCUCUGCAUGUAGAUAUGACCAUACCUUUCAGUGUUACAUCUGGAGUGAUGCGGUUACAAAGACCCAUGUGGAGAAGGACUUCAUUGCGUUCAAAUCUUCAACUCCACAUAAUAGUUCUUGGAGGGUGGAUACAAAUGGCUCUCUCUUCAUUUACCAAGUUAUCCAAUACUUCAAAGAAUAUUCUUGGUGUCAUCAUUUGGAGGAGAUUUUUCGAAAGGUUCAACGUUCAUUUGAGAAACCAAGUGUACUGGCUCAGAUGCCCACCAUUGAAAGAGUGUCCAUGACACGAUAUUUUUACCUCUUCCCUGGCAAUUAAAGCUGUCAUGAAGCUUCUCAG